UAAAUAAUAUAUUUAUUUUUAUGUUCAUUAUGAAUUAUUAAUAGUAUUAAUACCUUCCUGAAAGUUUCUUACCGAAAACCUUCAAUGUGUUAUUCUAGUUAUUCAAUAUUGAGUGUUCACUGUUCACUUGUUAUAACAAUAUCGAAAAUGCUGAAUUGAAUCAAACUUACUUUUUAAUAAUAUGAUAUAAAAGUAAUUUGUGAACUAUGUCUUACAGUAAAAGAUUCUCAAUCGACGAUGCAUUUGAAGAUGAACCAAUUGAUGAUAUAAAAGUAUAUGUGUCUAGUUUAGGAAAUUCACCUUUACAGUCGCCUGGACAAACCAAAUUAACUAAUUAUGGUGGUAUUGAAAAUGAAUCGAUUUCAAGAACAAAAAAAUUUGAAGAUACAUUAUCUCGAGACAGUGAUUCAUUGAUUUACAAUUCAACUGCAUAUUCUAAUCAAAAGAAUUGGUGUUGGCAUCAUCCUCAAGUACGAGAGAAUUGGCGUGUUGUAUUAGCUGCUCUCAUUUUACUCAUUAUUGGAACUGUAUUAUUAUCAGUAGCUAUAAUUGUACAGCUAACUCCAAACACAAAUUAUCAUCCAAUAGUGUUUUUCAUCGCUGGCUUCAUAUGUUUCAUACCUGGAGUAUACCAUGUUGUAUAUAUAUAUUUAGCUGCUAGAGGACAUCCUGGUUACAGUUUCUAUAAUUUAUCAUUAUUCAACUGAGUGCUGAAUAAUUUGGCAAAAACCAAGUAAAUGUGUAGUGAAUUAUAUGUAUUUAUUAUAGUUAAAUAUUGUAUAGACAAUGUUACAACAAGAAGCUUCAUCUAUUAUGCACAAAUUCAGAGUACUUUAAAUGUAUGCUGAAUUUUACGAAACAGGGAAAAUUUAUAUGAGCCCUUGAAUUUAAUCUGUUGAGGUGUGCAUUAGUUUUUCUACUGAUUUUAAUUUUUUUAGCUAUAGUAAGAAAGUAUACAUUUCUUGAUUUUCUGUUCCCACUUUGUAUACUAUUACUGUGGUUCUUAAUUUAUUUGUGUCAGCAACAUAUUUUUCAUUAUAAUAUAUUUAAAUGGAACAUUAAAAAAAUGUAUAACUAUUUAUAAAUUUAGUCAUAUUUAUAAAAUUUAAAAUUCAGUGAUAUAUUUAGCUAUUUUUUUUCUAAUUUUACUGCUACAAGGAUUGAUAGAUGACAGUAUAACUCGUAUUUCUUCUUCCAGUCUGAAAAGCUUUUACCUUGGUGUUAAUAUUUAAGUGUAUAGAAAGUUCAAAAUUAAAUUUACAAAUACAUGAAGUUGAAAAUUGCAGUAAAACUAUUUAUGCUUUUUCUGAUAUUUUGGAAACUCUGCUUUGAUUGAUAUCCAAAAUUCUUGAAGCUAAUUUUCAAUUAUUUAAAUUUAAUAAUACAAUCAGUAGAAAAUAAUAAUAGAUUUUGUAUGUAUGGUUUUAGUAAUUAAUUCUGCAACAUUAAAAUAUCCAAUUUGUGCUUAAUUGAAUACUGAGACUUUUUCUUAAAAUAUUUUACUUGUUUUGACAAUGUAGUUGUCAGUUAUAAUUCUGACCUUUUGAUUCAAGAUAAUCAUGGUUUGUACAUAGUUGUUGUUUACAUGGGACCAUUGAACCAUUCAAAAGCUUUUUACCACACACAACACACAAUAGAAUCAAUUAGGAAGUUUUAAUUGAAAUAGAUUUAUAUGAACAAUUAAUUUCAUUAUCAACGUAGGUUAUAUUUAAUAGGACCUUUUAAUAAUACACUUAUCCAUUUUAUUAUUAAAUAUAUUGUGUUUUGCA